CUGCCCCGGUGGUGGCCCACGGCCCGCCGGCUGCCCGUGGUCAAGCUGGAGUCGCUGAAGCGCUGGAACGAAGAGAGGGGCCUGUGGUGCGAGAAGGGCGUGCAGGUGCUGCUGACCACGGUGGGCGCCUUCGCCGCCUUCGGCGAAAAGAAGGACCCGGGCGGCCUCACGCACUCGGGCCUCUGGCGCAUCUGCUGCCUGGAAGGGUUGAAAAGAGGCGUCUGCGUGAAGAUCAACCAUUUUCCGGAGGACACGGACUACGACCAUGACAGCGCGGAGUAUCUGCUCCGAGUUGUCCGAGCCUCCAGCAUCUUCCCCAUCCUUAGCGCCAUCCUGCUGCUGCUCGGGGGCGUGUGCGUGGCGGCCUCGCGCGUCUACAAGUCCAAGAGGAACAUCAUUCUGGGCGCGGGGAUCCUGUUCGUGGCAGCAGGCCUGAGCAACAUCAUCGGCGUGAUCGUGUACAUCUCGGCCAACGCGGGCGAGCCGGGCCCGAAGCGGGACGAGGAGAAGAAGAACCACUACUCGUACGGCUGGUCCUUCUACUUCGGCGGGCUGUCGUUCAUCCUGGCCGAGGUGAUCGGCGUGCUGGCCGUCAACAUGUACAUCGAGCGCAGCCGCGAGGCGCACUGCCAGUCUCGCUCGGACCUGCUCAAGGCCGGCGGGGGGGCGGGCGGCAGUGGCGGGAGCGGCCCCUCGGCCAUCCUCCGUCUGCCCAGUUACCGCUUCCGCUACCGCCGCCGCUCCCGCUCUACCUCCCGCCCCCCCCCGGUCAGCAAUGGGGUGACUCACGGGCCUCGCCUGCUCUCCUGGAGCUUGGGGAGACUGAACAGCGCUUUAAAAGUCCAGCAGGGUCUGGCAACAGAAGCCAAAGUGGGGGAUGCUUUGGACGGGGCACUUCCAGGAGGCCUUACCCCCGAGGUGGGGAAACGAGACCAGCAUGGUAGCCGUCAGGGGCAGCGCCUCCUCGCCAAGGCUUUCCAGGAGGCCGGGGCAGUGAGGGUCAGCAAGCCGGACGAGAACAGUGCUGGCAGGUCCAUGCUGCUGUGCAGGAAGCUAGGAGUUAGGGGCUCCUUCCUCCACUGGGUGGGCUGGCCCUGGCCCCGCACCAAGGAGGACUAG